UAUUUUAAGAUCUCCAUAAAUUAUAACAUGAUUGUUCACUCGCGACCCGGCCGGCGACCUUGAAGUUUUGUAUUUUAUCGUAUUUAACAUACACAUCUAUAUAUACAUCUCCAUCCCACUCAGCACGAGCUACAUCGAUCAUACGUAUACCAUCCAUCAUCAUGGCUCCAAAGUUAUCUUCUUCCUUACUCCUAUUUCUCUAUCUACUCUUCCUACUAACACCAUGCUACAUGACUCACCGCCACCCUCUCGACCCCCUCUCCCCUUCCGAGAUCUCCACCGUCCGCCGCAUCGUCAAGGCCUCCCCCCGCCUCCUCUCAUCGAGCUCGCUCUCCUUCCAGUACGUCGGCCUCGACGAGCCCGACAAGCCCGACGUGCUCUCGUGGCUCUCCAACACUGCCGCACGGCCGCUGCCUCCACGUCGCGCGCUCGUCAUCGCCCGAAUUGACAACGAGACCCACGAAAUCUCUGUGGACAUAACAAACCACGCGGUCGCGUCGGAUGCCGUCUAUCGCGGCCUCGGGUACCCACUGCUCAACCUGGAAGAGCAAUUCGCAGCCUCCGCGCUGCCGAUGAACUACACGCCGUUCAUCGAAUCCGUCGCGAAGAGAGGGGUCGACAUGAAGGACGUGGUGUGCACCACGUUCUCGGUGGGGUGGUUCGGAGAGGAGAAGCAAGGGAGGAGGCUGCUGAAGAUACUGUGCUUUUUGGCGGGAGAGACGGUGAACUUCUACAUGAGGCCGUUGGAGGGGAUCACUAUUGUGGUGGAUUUGGAUGUGAUGGAGAUUGUGGAGUACGAGGAUCGGGUGCAGGUGCCCGUGCCGAAGGCGAAGGGCACCGACUACCGGGCGGCAAAGCAGCGGCCGCCGUUCGGGCCGAGGACGAAGCCGGGACUGGUUCUGCAGCCGGAGGGGAGCGGGAUCGACGUCGACGGCCACAUGAUCCGGUGGGCCAACUGGGCCUUUCACCUGAGCUUCGACAUGCGGGCCGGCGCCGUCAUCUCCCUAGCCUCCGUCUACGACGCCGUGAGGCGCACACGCCGGCGAGUGCUUUACAGGGGGUUCGUCUCCGAGCUGUUCGUGCCGUACAUGGACCCAUCAGAGGAAUGGUACUACAAGACGUUCUUCGACGAGGGCGAGUUCGGCCUGGGGCUCUUUGCCUCGCCCCUAGAGCCCAUGACUGACUGCCCAGCAAAUGCUGUGUUCCUGAACGGGUACUACACCACGCAGGACGGGAAGCCCGCCAAAAUCGAGAGGGUAUUCUGCAUAUUUGAGCGCUACGCCGGAGAUCCCUCGUGGCGGCAUACUGAAACAGGGAUUGUUGGGGAGUUGAUCACGGAGGUCCGGCCGGAUGUGAGUCUGGUGGUGAGGAUGGUUUCGACUGUUGGAAAUUAUGACUAUGUUCUCGACUGGGAAUUCAAGACCAGUGGCUCCAUUAAGUUUGUGGUGUCACCGACGGGCAUUCUGGAAGUGAAGGGCUCACCUUACACCCACACAAACCAAAUAGUAAGCGACCAGCAUGGGACCCUAAUAGCCGAGAACACCAUCGGUGUCUACCACGACCAUUUCGUUACCUGCUAUCUCGAUCUCGACAUUGAUGGCACGGAGAAUUCUUUUGUUAAAUCACGGCUCAAGACGGUGAGACUGACUGACGGCAGCUCGCCGAGGAAGAGCUACUGGACCAUCGUCAAGGAGACGGCUAAGACCGAGUCAGACGCACGAGUCGAGCUCGGGUCCGAGCCGGCUGAGCUGCUGGUCGUGAACCCUAACAAGAAGACCCGUCUGGGGAACGAAGUCGGGUACCGGAUUAUCAGCCAUGGUGCGCCCGCUGCUUCACUACUGUCGGACGACGACUAUCCUCAGAUAAGGGCGAGCUACACGAAGAAGCAAGUGUGGGUGACGGCGUAUAACAAGUCGGAGAAGUGGGCGGCCGGGCUUUACACCGACCAGAGUAGAGGGGAUGAUAGCUUGGCCACCUGGAGUGAAAGGAAUCGAAGGAUUGAAAAUGCAGAUAUUGUGUUAUGGUAUACGGCUGGCUUUCAUCACAUUCCUUACCAAGAAGACUUUCCACUGAUGCCGACGUUAAGCAGUGGUUUUGAACUCCGGCCUUCCAAUUUCUUCGAGAGUAAUCAGCUGAUCAAGACUCUGCCGAAUAAGCAUGUAAAUCUUCCAAACUGUACCAAUUCUUAGAGACUCGAGACAGAAAAAAACAAAAAGAGACUUCUCUUUCCUGUCCACUCUUUCCAUCUCUUACAUCAGAAUAAACGCUAUAUAUCCAUGCUUUUGCAAGCAUUAAUUGUUGAUUUUUGAAUUGAGGCACUUAUUAGUUGGAACCAGUUUGUAUUUCAGUUGAAUAAUUUUCUAUAAUUUUAUUGUGAUUGUGUAUUGAUGGCCUUACUAUUUGCCA